AUGAACAUGCUACUUAAGGAAUUAAAAUUCAAACAAUGUAUUUUCACAAUGUUUUAUUUGCGUAAGAUUUUCUCAAAACAAAACAAAUGGAAUCUCAAAAAUGGUGUUGAAGAAGAAAUUAAAGUAAUUGAGCAGAGGCUUGUCUAUUUAUCUUCUUGCUGCGUCACAUCCACCUUUCUCAGUCCACAUAAUGGCCACCAAGCUGUUCGAGAAUGUAUCAUGUUCAACGAGUAA